UUUAAGGUCAUCCAAUGCUGGCGGAAGUAGAAGAAAACGUAAAAAGAGUAUUUCUGCUAGCGGAAGCGAGAAAUCUCAAUCUUUUGCUUCGUUAAUAUUUUCAGCACUGUCUUCGCCUACUUCGACUAAUGGAAAUGAUAAAAUGAGAAGGAGGAAAUUAAAUAAUGAGAAUCGAAGCAGCGGAAGACGCAAGCACCUGCCCCCGAGACAAUGGAGCGUCCCAGAAAGAGAAGGCAACAAUGACUACAAUAGGGAACCACAGACAAUAGAGAGGACUAUUGACGUUGCUGAGCCGUUCAGAUUGAUUCAGAAGGCAUACUCUUUGAGUUGCGAAGACCCUCUCAGCAGUUCACGUUCUUCUUUACUGGGCUCUCCACAUUCUCCUCUUUCUAUCUCUUCACACAAUUGCUUUAACAGCGGAUCUACAAUUUUGUUUGGGUUUGUUACCUGUCAAUCUACUUCUGCUUCUUCCCCUAUGAAUGCCUCUCUUUAUUCAUUUUGGGAGAAGUUUGCUUUGGAGGGUGAUCGGGCGUUGAAUUCUGAAAUUUAUUUUCUCCGAUGCAUUGAUACUGAACCGAAACUCCCGUUCAUCUACUAUGCAAAUUUUUCUCCCCUUUCUGAUCAUGAGCAACAUAUAAACAAUUUGGGAGAAUUGGUGGAUUUUGAGGAUAUUUCUGCCAAAAUUCAAUUAGGUUAUAUUUUUUUAAUUUUAUUUUUAAUGUCUUUUAAAGGUUGUUAUGAACAACUUUAUACAUUAGAAAGAGCGGCCUCUCCAUCGCCCGUCAUUAAAAAUUCUUUAAAGCACCAAGGGUUUAUUUUUAUAUUUUUUCGUCUUUUGGGAGAGAAUUGUGCUUCAUCUAAUGCAGAUUUGGAGAGUAGAUGGUUAGACUGGACUGGGGCUGGACAGAUUUACAAGUAUUCUCCACGUUGUUGGGACCUUCAAAAAGUUUGUUUGUUAAAAAGUAUUGGACAUUCAACAACAACAUCAACACCUUUUGUCUAUAUUCUCCUGUGUGAAUUCAAUUCAAUUUUGCAUCCAUCUAAUACUAUAGCGGCGUUGGAUUUUUGUCAAAGGCUGAGAAGUCGAAAUUGUGGAUUUGUUGCUCUAUAUAAGGUUUCUCAAAGUCAUUGCCCAUCUCAAAAACACCAAAAACAAUAUCCCUACCAACAACAAAAAUCAUUUGACUAUCAACCACAAAAAGAAACAAAUCUUUCUCCCAAUUGGCCAUUACAACAACAAUAUAGAAGACAACAACUUGGGAGGAUGGGUCGCUCCCAUGAUGAACGUGUAAGUAUUGGAGCUAGGAAAGAAUCACAACAACAACACUCUCCACCAUCUCCUCGUCCGAUUUCUCAGAGAGAAAGUGAAAAAGGCCAUUCCCAGCAGUCUUUAAACGAUAGAGGAGGUACUGAAAGACUUCGCCGUCUAAUUUGGGCUAGAGAACAACAACAUUCGCUAGGCUGGGAUCAACAGCAACCCCAACAAUGGUUCGGACAAACAACAAAUGGAACGUUACUUUAG